AUGGCAAAUUGGGCGGCGGUUUUCGAUGUGAUAUCGAAAAGCUGGCGUGGUGCUCCACUGCCAUCGUUGUACAAUCCUCACCAAAGCCUCGGUGAGCUACUGUUUCGCGCCCUGCAGCGUGCACCGACGCAUGUAGCACAGGUUAGUGCUGAUACGGGACGUAUAGUUACGUACCGGGAAUUGUUCCAUUGGAGCGUUCGUAUCGCUCAAUCUCUACCGGCCAAGUGUGGUGUUGUGCCGAAGGAUAUUAUAGCAGUUGUGGUCCGUAACGGGGAAAAGGUGGCACCGCUGGUGUUUGGUUGCUUCAUGGCUAAUAUCGCUAUUAUUGCGUUGGAUCCAUCGUUUCGUGUGGAGGAUUACGAGCAUCUGAUUGGGCUGGUCCGUCCGAAGAUGGUUGUGUGUGAUCCGGACUUGAUAUCAAUUCUACGACUGGUGUUUGUCAAGCUCACUUUUGAACCACAACUAUUGGUGAUGGACGGUCCAGGCGAUGACUGCCUUACGAUCGAUGAUUUAUUACAACCGACGGGUAAUGAGAAGAAUUUUACACCGGGCCACUUACCCAACCCAUCCACCGAACUGGCGUACAUUCUUUGUUCAUCGGGGACUACGGGGCUCGCGAAAGGUGUGUGCAUGUCACAUUCCGCUUGUAUCGGGCGGAUAACUCGAGUAUUCGAGGCCUACCUAACCGAUCGGAUCCUGUGCUUUAGUUCGCUCUAUUGGAUCAGUGGAUUCGGAGCGCUGCUGGUCGGCACGAUGAGCGGGGCAACGCGUAUCAUUACUCGGGAUCCUUGGAGUGCGGGCUUAACGUUAGACCUUAUAGAACGGUACCGCGUGACAAUCCUGUUCCUUCCUCCACCGCAUCUGACUCAGCUGCUAGUAAACGGCACGAUUGGUAUGGCCGAUUUUUCGAGCGUCCGUCACCUGCUGACGAGUGGUGGACCACUGCCGGAUGAGGUAAAGUGUUCGAUGGAGCGCUAUCUAACACACCCAGAAGCCGCCGUAUUACCAUGCUACGGAUUGACGGAAUUCUGUGGUGUCAGCAUGGGUACCAGGAGGCACUACAAACCGGAUUCCGUCGGUGAAGUGAACCCGUGCGUGGAAGCGAAGAUCGUUGGUGAGGAUGGCAUGCCACUCGAUUGUGACCAGGAGGGCGAAUUACUUCUGCGCAGUGAUUUUACGUUUCUCGGGUAUUACGACAACCCAACGGCUACGAGCGAAGUACUGGAUCCCGAUACUGGUUGGCUGCGAACCGGUGACAUUGCCCGGUACGAUGCUGACGGAAUGUUUUACAUUGUGGGUCGUAAAAAGGAGAUCAUGAAGUAUGGUGGAUAUCAGGUAUCACCCCUUGAGCUGGAACAAACGAUCUUUCGUUUGUUUGGUGAUGGAGUUGGGUCGCUUACUCGUGCCCUGCGGCUAGUGUGCGUAGCUGGUGUACACGAGCGGGGCAAUGAUCUGCCUGUCACCCUUGCUGUACGCCUACCGGGCGUGUCCAUCAGCGAGCAGGAGAUAGUAGAUGGUGUGGCGGAUGUGGUAGCCGACUGUAAGCGCCUUCGUGGUGGAGUGUUUUUCGUCGACAAUUUACCGCUGACGUCAUCGGGGAAAAUUGCGCGGAAACGAUGCCGUGAUUUGGCGCUUCAGCUGUACAAAGAACGGGAACAAGAUGCGGCGAAUGAGAUGAUGGAGUGA